CAUCUUCCGGCUAACUGGGCCAGGCUCAAAGCUAGCUAGUAUCAUUAGAAGGAUUGGAGCAAGAAUUGUGCCAGUAUGGGCUCAAAUAUAUGUAGGAACCAGGCACAGGAAAGCCCAACCAAAGACCAACUACUAUCUACGAAAUGUUGAAUAAACGGGGGACUGCAAUGAUAGACAGAAAGAUUUUAAGGGACCUGUUUAGGAAUAAUCUCAUAGUUCGGUGGCCAUAUCGUCACUUAACUAUUUAUAAAUUGUUGAUAAUUGAUAAACCCUAAAGCCCAGCUGAUUGAUAAUAGCAAAAGCAAAACUCUCAAUCCGAAGAAGGGAUUUCUUCGAUUCAUUUCGCCAGCCAUGGUCGUCGCUUCAAUCGUCUCGCGUUCCGUCCUGCACCGGCGGGACGCCGUCAACCCUUUCCUCUCUCGAUCUUUCUCUUCCGCUGUCUCUUCCUCGCACCGACCUCACCCUAUAUUCCGCGCUCUCCGACCUCUUGCCGCCGUCUCCGCGAAUCGCUCCCCGGCCUCCGCCUCCGCCUCCGCCUCGGAUCGCUGCCUGGCUACACGGACGACUUCUUCCUCGCUCAACGAUCCUAGCCCAAACUGGUCGAACAGGCCCCCGAAGGAGACAAUUUUGCCGGAUGGCUGCGAUUUUGAGCAUUGGCUCGUGGUGAUGGAGAAGCCGGAGGGAGACCCUACUAGGGAUGACAUCAUCGACAGCUACAUCAAAACCCUAGCUCAGGUCGUUGGCAGCGAGGAAGAUGCUAGGAUGAAAAUCUACUCAGUUUCAACCAGACACUAUUUUGCAGCGAGGAAGAUGCUAGGAUGAAAAUCUACUCAGUUUCAACCAGUCAACCAGACACUUCCCCCACCAGAAGAAGACAAAAGGUGGGGGAAGUGGAAGGGGUGGGGCCGCGUAAGUUUGUUUUUAUUUUAUUUUUUGUUAUUAUUUUAAUAGUUUAGUGUUUGUUUUUAGGGUUUAGUGUUUAUUUGUUUGCUUUUAUUUCUUCUUAAUUAUGUUUAGGUUCAACUAUCAAUGUAACAACUUUCUUGUAUAAAUUAUUGCAAUUUCGUUAUUAAUGACGUUAAUUAGUGAUGAAAAAAUUAUGUUCAAAUUAGAAAAAAAUUAUAUCGAAAUGUUCGUAUUCAUUAAUUAUCACUAACUAUAUAAAAAUAAUGAUCAUUAUAUAAAAAUAAAAUGUUGAAAUCAACUAUAAAUUGAUUUUAUAAAAAAAGUGUUCAACUAAUUACCCCCUUUUCCCAUACUAACAUUGUGACCAAACCUUCUCAUUUCCCUCUUUUCCCACCUUUCCCACCCUCCCACAUUGUGGAUGGUCUGAGUAGGGGUGUCCGUUCGGGUUCGGUUUUUUAGAAGUUAGAAUACAGAUCAUGCACCAUAUCAUAUACUAUAUUGUUCAGAUCACAAUAGUACGAUGCAAUCUGGAUCAGAAAUACCACGUUCAACAAACCUUACUCCCCCUCCCACCAAUCCUCGUAGGUGUCCAUACAAAAAAAGUUCAAUGACCAAUAAAAAGACCAUUCCAAUUGAUGGCCUCUCAUUUCGUAAGGUUGGAGAUCGAGUGCUUCUGUUAGGAGCUCGGAAUAUGACGAUGGGAUGUUAAAAGCAUGAGCUAUCUUUUGAUUUAUUAUGAGCCUGAAUAAUUGAUUCAAUAGGUUCUUCCCAAUAACCACUAUCGCUGAAUAGAAACAUUAAACUAAAAGUUCAUACAAAAUGAACACUUAGGAAGAAGAGACCAUAUGUAGAUAAUGAAGAACCAUAAGAUUGUGCCCAUUAGACUUGAGAUGGACACUAAGAAAUAGUGAUCCGUACAAACCGGUAUUUUAAUAUCCUACUAAUAAUAAUAAAGAUAGCAACCACAACUCUUGCGGCCACUUGCUUAAAAACGUUGGAACAUAUCAGAUACGUGUUCAAACAUACCUAUCUUCUCUAAUUAAUUUCUGCCAUUUCUCACCAUGUUCAGGAAUCCACACUUUCACACUUGACUUGUCAUCCUUACUCUCUGAACUGUGCCUAGUUGCAUUCACCUCCGUUCUGAAGCUGGAUUCGAAAACAACAUCUCGGGUUUCACAGCGAGCAAUAUCGAUCACAGUGUGAGUGAUGUUGCAAGUUUAACAACGCCACGGUGUUCAACAAUAUCGCAAGAUUAACCACAUUAUAGUAAUUAUAAGUAACGAAGUAGUUCUAAUACUACUUCAUAUCGAGACUAUUAAUGGAGAGUGGAGAAACGUUAGAGCCUAAAGCAAGGUUAUCAAACUGGUUUAAGUCAUUGAGCCGGUUAAGCAAAGGGUGUGAGGUUUAAUGGUCUGAUCGGGAUCCGGCCUGUUUGAGCCGUUUUAGGCGUUUUCUAAAUACAUGUACAAAUAAGGUAAUAAUUAAAGAUUUAAUGACUGAAAUAAAAUAUAUCUUACAUAUAUCUAUUAAUAACUUAUUUUUUACAAAAUAAAUCUACCUAACUGACUCACUCCUACUGUCACUCUAGAAAAUGACCAAGUGUAACCACUUCCUAAAGCGUAGUAUAGCGGGUUUGGGUUUUAAUAUCAACUCGGGUCCUAGAUGUGAUGACUACUCAGUGAAUUCUUAUUAUCUAGCGGUGAAACUUUAGUGCAGGUUCAAACAAGCAAACAAGUAAAGCAAGCAAUUAAAC